AUGCCAGCUUCGGGCGAGCGAGAGCGUUCCAAUCGCAAAGGACAAUACUCCUGUAACUUCUGCCGGUCGCGCAAGAUUCGCUGCAAUCGACCGCUGCCAUGCACAAGUUGCAGGUCACGAGGAAAGACGUGUCAAUUUGAUCCUACGCCGGCGGCACGCGAAGCUCGAGGCCUUCAAACCCCCGUCUCGAUCGGGACUUCGCUCACACAGCAACAGCUACAUGAGAGCGUCCAGACACCUUCAUCUUCAACCGGAAAACUCGACAUGCAGGCUGAGAUAGAUGCGCUUCAGUAUCGUGUGCAGGAGCUCGAAGAACGUAUCAUACGAGAGACUACCUUUCCUCCGCAGGCGGGCAAUGAUGACAGAGGAAGUGUCCGAACUGCCUUCGUUUCUGGAACCGCUCCAGACGAAACUGAGAGGUACCAGCCUUCCGAGAUCCAGAAAACGAGAGACAUGGUAGAACACCUCGAAGGCGUCUCCAUGAGUCAGAGCUCUUUCGAACUGUCCGCGACAAACCACAUCACUUUCAAGAUUGGCCAGAUCCGCACAAUACCAUCAACACUGAGCUACACAAGGCAACUCGGUAGACUAAUACCAUGUAUAUGGCUACCACUAAAGGAAGAAGCCACGACGCUUCUGGAAGUCUACAUUACUGAGCUCAACUAUAUUCAACACGUAACGCACGAUCCCUCACUGCCAGCGAUUCUCGACGAAAUCUACCGCUCGAUUGAAAGUUGUGAGCCUACCAAUCUCAGCAAAGUUGCUUUAUUACUAAGCAUCAUCGCUCACACAACACAUGUAUGGAGUGUACCAGACGGGCUGAACAGAGAACGCCCCCUAUUUAUGUCCUCGACCCAAGCGCGCUCUCAGACAUCUAUCUGGGUCAAGGCGACAUACACGGUGCUUGAGACUUUGCAAGAGGGACAUUCGCUGGCUUUUGAGGCUAUACAAGGCAUCAUCAUUCUAUCAUACGUCAUGUGUAAUAUAGAGGGUGUCUCUCUACGAUAUCGCUCCUUGAUAUCGACUGGCUUGUUGCUGGGUCGGGAAAUGGGUCUCCAUCAGAUCGAUCAUGUAUCUAAUGUCGAUGGGGCAGGGACGCUCAAAGCAGAGGUUGGCCGUCGUGUUUGGUGGUAUCUGACUGCUACGGACUGGUACGUUGAACUGAGAAGACUUGAUACAUUGAUGAUACAAAGUAGACUGACAGCUUUGCGCAGGCUUCUUGCAGCAAGAUACGGCGGUCCUAGCGAAAGCGUAUACCAAUCCAGUCCUCUUCAUAUGAACGUAAAUAAGCCCCUAAACAUAAACGACGUAGAUCUUCUUGCCGUCGGGCCCCAACCAUCUCUGCCGCUCUCCCAGCACACAGACAUGUCAUACUUCCUCCAGCGCAUCCGUCUAGCAGAGAUCUCACGCAACUUCGUCGAUCAAAUCACGUCGGAUCCGUUCAAACGCGACGUUCAUCUCAUGGCAAUGGACAAACAACUCGUAGACAUGAUGCACGAGACACCCGCUUUCUUCCUACUGGACUACUACGACAGUACCUUUUCCUCCGAAAAGCCAAACCACACCCUCAUCCAAGCCUACUUCCUCAACACACUCAUCCACACUCAACGCUGCAAACUACACCUCACCUCCCUCACCCGUCCAUCCGCAUCCAUGACCAUCUCAACAAGCCCGUCUUCCCGCACGGCUUGUCUAUACUCAGCCCGCCAACUCAUAUACCUCGAAACGAAACUCUUACAGUCACGUCACCCUUUUGCGCACCGCCCCCAACGCCCUCCAGCUGGUCUGUACAGUAUCUUCAUUGCCACUAUCGCGUUACUCAUGGAUGCUUGCCUCAACAGAUCUAGCGAACUGCAAGUCGAGCUACAACAAGAUAACGAUCUGGCGAAAGGACUGCAGAUGAUAGCGGAUGCGAGAGAAGAUUCGCUAGCAGCAGCGAGAUUAUAUGAAUCUUUGAUGCACAUUGUGGCGAGGUAUCGAGAUGUUGAGAGCAUGCGCGAAGGAAACUCAAAAGGUGUGGAUAAGGAGUCCGCGCUGGAGACAUUCCAAGACACACCCUCGGGCGUCAUUCAGGAGCACCAUCCUCCUUCGCAAGUCACCGACGCGAUACAGCUCGAUUUAGCCGACUGGGACGAUCUAUUCUCCAGCGUGUCUUCAUCUCCGUUUUUCUGA